UGAUUUCGUUCGUUGCGGUUCGCGCCUCUCGAUUCUGAAAAAAAAAAAAAUAGAAUUUCAUUACUAUCGGUUCUCAUCGGUUAAUUCCCCGAGUUUGCCCUUACAUAAUUAACCCUUCUUCAAACAACGUUGAAUCGACGGUAAUUACCUUUGUAAGAGUACCGAAUAAAACACCGCGCUCCAUCAGCAUUUCAGCCAUUAAUUAUGAAAUCAACGUCGCUUCCGGGUCCACGUCGACAUAUCCAAGCAAUUUUGCAAACAUUGCAGGAGUAUCGUUAAACUAUCCCUCUUGUAAGAGUCAUUGAUAAGCGAAGCAUCGGUCGUAUCUCGGCAAUAUUUCAAUCAAGCUGCCAAUAAAUCUCAUCAUCCAUCGCUAGACCCUCCAUGUUUCUCUCUGCGUGUCACCUCUCUUCUCUAAACACGACUUUUUUACGAGUCCAUCAGCUGUGCGGACGUACGGAAGCAUCGCGCGAUUUCUAAACUGAAAUACUUCGUAAUUAAUAAUAAAUCAUGGCAACGGAGAAGACGGAUACCUUGAAACACUUCGUGAAAGUGAAGCCUGAUAAUCAGUUCAAGCCUUCGGAACGAUGGCGAAUAACGAGGAACGUUUUGGUGAUCGGAACCGCGUUUAUGGUGAACUUUACCGCGUUCAUGGGGGCGACGAACCUCCAGAGUUCCAUCAACGCUGAUGAUUCCUUGGGGACCUUCACCUUGGCCUCCAUUUAUGGCAGUCUGAUUUUUAGCAACAUCUUUCUGCCAACUUUGGUCAUAAGCUGGUUGGGUUGUAAAUGGACGAUAUCUUUGUCUAUCUUAACUUACGUGCCGUUUAUGGCAGCUCAAUUUUACCCAAAAUUUUACACGAUGAUCCCAGCUGGAUUGAUGGUUGGCAUCGGUGCCGGACCACUUUGGUGCGCCAAGUGCACUUAUUUGACCGUCGCAGCGGAAGCUUACGCCACUUUGUCGGAUGUUGCUGCAGAUGUGCUCGUCACCAGGUUUUUCGGCCUGUUCUUCAUGUUCUACCAGAUGGCACAGGUCUGGGGCAACCUUAUAUCUUCGGCAGUUCUUUCUUAUGGGAUGGAUUCUGUACCAGUAAACACAACGUUAAACAGCAGUAUUGUAAUGGAAGUAUGUGGCGCUAAUUUUUGUGGUGCAACCUCCAACACCACCGACAGCCCAAAAUUAGAGAGGCCAUCGGAAGAAAGAAUUCAUCUAAUUUCCGGCAUCUAUUUAUGCUGCAUGAUUGUCGCCUCUUUGAUAGUCACAUUUGGUGUCGAUUCUCUUUCAAGAUACAACAAAGGAAGAUCAGGUUCGGCAACAGGGCUAUCAGGAUUCAAGCUGCUAGCGGUGACACUGAAGCUCCUGAAAGAGAAGAACCAGCUAUUAAUAUUACCAAUAAUAAUAUUCAUAGGGGCUGAACAAGCGUUUUUGUUCGCUGAUUACAAUGCAUCCUUCGUGUCCUGUGCAUGGGGAAUCAGCAACAUCGGUUUCGUGAUGAUAUGCUUCGGGGUGACGAAUGCCAUAGCUGCAUUAGGCGCAGGAUCUAUAAUGAAACUGACAGGAAGAAGGCCUCUAAUGAUAUUCGCCUUCUUUCUUCACGUUGGAAUUUUAGUUUUUUUAUUGCGCUGGAAACCGACGCCAGAACAUAAUUAUAUGUUCUUCCUGAUGUCUGGAUUAUGGGGUCUCUGCGAUGCCAUGUGGCUGGUACAAGUUAAUGCUUUGUCUGGGCUGCUAUUCCCAGGGAAGGAGGAAGCAGCCUUCUCAAACUUCCGUCUAUGGGAAUCUACGGGUUCGGUGAUCACGUACGCGUAUAGUCCUUACCUGUGCACUCAUACGAAACUCUACUGCCUUAUGGGGAUCUUGGGUCUCGGAAUGAUCGGUUAUGGUCUGAUCGAAUGGUCUGGGAAAGCUUCCAGAGUGAUUCCGGAAUCCAAACCGGACUUUGAAUUGGUCGCGAAUGGGGAAGUAAAUGACACGUCGAAACUUUGAAGCUAUCGAGCUGACAAAUCUUCUUGAGUACUAAAAAAAAAAAAAAUAAUUAUGUGAGCUCUAAUGUGAUCAAUCUACAAUUUCAAUUAUAUAAAUAACGUAGGAAAAUUUGCAUGUCGAGUCAAAGGGGUUGAAAAAAUUUAAAGAUUGAUCCAGAGGAUAGCAUAAACGAAACACCUAAAGAGUAUCAUUUUAAUUCAACAAUAAUUUAACGAAGUUAUUCGAAAAACUCUCGUUGUAGGAUCAUGUAAAUUAUAUAUAUAUAUAUGUAUAUAAUUGCGAUAUACAUAGAAAUCACAUAUAAAUCAGAUGCAUAUCAAAAUUAUAUGUACAGAAAGAGUUCGGUUGGAGGCGCAGUCAGGACCUGAAGGUACGAUCAUUGUUGUGUGAUUUGUACCACAAUAUAUGUUUUUAUUUUAUUCUUGUGGACACCUACUA